CUGCUGUUGAAACAGCAGAGGAAGCUAAGGAACCAGCAGAGGCAGACAUCAAUGAACUCUGUAAAGACAUGUUCAACAAAAUGGCCACUUACUUAACAGGUGAACUGACAGCCACCAGUGAAGACUACAAACUCUUGGAAAACAUGAAUAAGCUGACUAGCUUGAAGUACCUGGAAAUGAAAGAUAUUGCUAUAAACAUCAGUAGAAAUUUGAAGGAUUUAAAUCAAAAAUAUGCUGCUCUUCAGCCAUAUUUGGAACAAAUAAACCUAAUUGAGGAACAGGUUGCAGCUCUGGAGCAGGCAGCUUAUAAAUUGGAUGCAUAUUCCAAAAAACUUGAAGCCAAGUACAAAAAACUGGAGAAACGAUGAAAUUACAACAGUCUUUAAGUUGGAGUUGGGCUAUGAGUCAGACUUAUUUCUGUUUAAGUUGCACAACAGCAAUUCUGUAUGUUGGCACGGAUUUGGUUACAGCUAACAUCAAGACUGGUAACUUUUUCUAUCUAUUGAAUACAGUAGCCUGUAUUCAGGCUUAAAGCUGAAUAAUAUUUUCCUCUUCUCAAGAGGUUCUGUUACCUCAGUUGUCCUGCAGUGAAAAGUAGAAGCCUGUCCCUAACCCAUAUGUUGAUAUUGGCUAUCUGUGUGUUAGUCCUAUGUCCUACAUGAAAUCCUCUAUCUAGGAAAAGCCCUCCAUAACCUAUGAAGACAUUUUCCCUUAGUAGCGGCAGGACCUAAACUUCAUUUUUUCCUUCAUUGAGCUCCGCGUUGAGAAGAUACCCAAGUCUUUGGAGUUAUGAGCAUGGUAUUGAAAACACUUCAUUUUGGUAUCCACCUUUAUCUGUUUGAAAUAGAGAGACUAAUUACUAGAAAUUUACAAUAAAACAACUUGCUGCAUUUGUCUCUCUGGAAUCUCAAAUUCCUGUUGGAAAGAUUAUGUAAGUUGUCUUUUUAUUUUUUCAAAGGGUCUAUUAAUAAAGACAAACUCCUUCCAGCUACUGGAGAUCAUAAAAGAGAACAUGUUUU